AGUAAAAGUUGAGCUCCUCAAGUCCACGAUACUCUCACACUUACGUGCACCACUUUCUCCGCUCUCUCUCACACGCACACAAAACAAAACAAAUUUUAAAAAUCAAACACAAAAAACGAAAAGCGCUACAACGUAACUGAACACUCUCACACAAUAGCGUCUCUUAUUCUCAUUCUCUUCUUUCCUUUAUUUCUCUUCUUCAUCCUCACUUUCAAAACCUCUUCAUCCGAACCAGAAUCAGAACCACAAUCCGAACCUAAACCAGAACCUGAACCUGACUCCGAACCAAUGGCUACAAUGGACUCAUUGAUCUCUCUCGUUAACCGAAUUCAACGAGCAUGCACGCUCCUCGGUGACCACGGCGCCGAUCAAGCUUCUCACUCUCUUUGGGAAUCGCUUCCCUCCGUCGCCGUCGUCGGCGGUCAGAGUUCCGGAAAAUCAUCGGUGUUGGAGAGCAUCGUCGGCCGUGAUUUUCUUCCCCGUGGAUCAGGGAUUGUGACGCGGAGGCCUUUGGUGUUGCAGCUGCACAGAAUAGAGGAAGGGUUACAAGACUAUGCAGAGUUUCUGCACUUACCGAAGAAACGGUUUACUGAUUUCUCUAUGGUUCGAAAAGAAAUUGAAGAUGAAACUAAUAGGAUGACUGGGAAAUCAAAUCAGAUAUCUCCUGUUCCUAUUCAUCUAAGCAUCUACUCACCAAAUGUUGUCAAUUUGACGCUGGUAGACCUGCCUGGUUUAACAAAGGUCGCUGUAGAGGGACAGCCAGAAAGUAUUGUUCAAGACAUUGAGAACUUGAUCCACUCAUAUGUUGAUAAGCCUAAUUGCUUAAUUUUGGCCAUUACUCCUGCAAAUCAAGAUGUAGCGACAUCUGAUGCCGUCAAGGUUUCCAGACAAGUUGACCCUGCUGGUGAACGAACAUUUGGUGUGUUGACAAAGAUUGAUUUGAUGGACAGAGGCACAAAUGCUUUGGAUGUCCUUGAGGGAAGAUCAUACCGACUUCGUAAUCCUUGGGUGGGAAUUGUAAACCGUUCUCAGGAAGAUAUUAAUAGGAAAGUAGAUAUGAUUGCUGCUCGACAAAGAGAACGCGAAUUUUUUAACACCAAUCCCGAUUACGCACACUUGGGCAGCAAAAUGGGUUCGGAAUAUCUUGCAAGGCUUCUCUCUAAGCAUUUAGAGUCUGUGAUAAGAGCUCGGAUUCCAGGAAUUGCAUCUUUCAUCAAUAGAUGCAUUGACGACCUUGAAGCAGAAUUGGCUCAACUUGGUAGACCAGUUGCCAUAGAUGCUGGGGCCCAACUGUACACUAUUCUAGAAUUAUGCCGUGCUUUUGACCGGGUGUUUAAGGAGCAUUUAGAUGGAGGGCGACCAGGUGGUGACAAAAUUUAUAUAGUUUUUGAUUACCAGCUUCCUGCUGCAUUGAGAAAGAUUCCACUGGAGCGUCAUUUAUCACUGCAAAAUGUGAGAAACGUUAUUUCUGAGGCAGAUGGAUACCAACCUCAUCUGAUCGCCCCUGAGCAAGGUUACCGACGCCUCCUAGAAAGUUCACUCAAUUAUUUCAAAGGUCCUGCACAAGCUUCUGUAGAUGCUGUUCAUUUUGUCCUGAAGGAACUCGUGAGAAAGUCAAUUUCCGAAACAGAGGAAUUGAAGCGCUUUCCAACUCUCCGGUCUGAAAUAGCAAUUGCAGCUAAUGAGGCGUUAGAGAGAUUCCGUGAAGACGGCAAGAAGACAACAUUAAGACUAGUGGAAAUGGAAUCGUCUUAUAUCACUGUUGAUUUCUUCCGUAAACUCCCACAAGAAGUCGUCGACAAGGGAGGGAAUCCAGCUCUUGCCUCUGCUGAGGGACACUUCCAAAGGAUUGGUUCAAACGUCUUAUCUUAUGUUGGGAUGGUAUCUGAAACAUUAAGGAAUACCAUUCCAAAGGCUGUUGUUCAUUGUCAAGUGAGGGAAGCAAAGCGAUCUUUGCUUGAUCACUUUUACGCUCAACUUGGCAGAAAAGAGGCAAUGCAACUUGCACGGUUGCUGGAUGAAGAUUCUGUACUGAUGGAAAGGAGACAGCAAUGUUUUAAGAGGCUGAAGUUGUAUAAGUCUGCAAGAGAUGAGAUUGAUGCAGUUUGUUGGUCGGGAUGAGAUGAAUGUGAAAAGAAUUUUAGGAGGAUAAAAUGACUGAUAUAAUGAAUAGCCGAGCUUGAGACUAUUGGCUGCGACUAUUAUGUUCUUUGAUUUUUUGUGCUUAUUACUCUAGCGUCUGAUUUAGAGCUUCAGCAGUAUAUGUUGUUUACAGCCUAUGUGAAAAAUGCAUAUAAGAAAAUCUUGUUUUUUGAGGAUUCAUCAAA